AUGGUCAAGAAGGGCGGCGCUUCUCUCGUCCCUGACGCCUGGGAGGAUGAUGACUGGGAGUCCGCAGCCGACAAGCUUGACGCCCAACCCACAGAGGUGCAGCCUGAACCACAGGUACCGAUGACCAAGGCAGAGCGGCUCGCCCAGCAUGCCGAGCAGAAUCGAAAGCUUUGGGAAUCAGCUGACUCCCCCACGCCCACACCAAUGACCUUCCUCGAAGCCCAACCCUCAGUCCCCCUCGCCACGGGCUUCAAACCCCAGGUCAAAGUCCUGAGCCGAAAACCCGCGCCCCGAACAAUCGCCCGGCGCGACCCCGUCACCGGCCUCCUCUCCCACCUCUCCCUCGCCGACGAUGACGCCGACGAUCAGCACGCCGAGAAGAAGCCGCAGCUCACGCCUGAGGAAAUUCGCGCUAAGCAGCAGCGCGAGCUCGAGGAGAAGCAGCGGCGGUACGAGGAGGCGCGCGCAAAGAUCUUUGGCGAGUCGAAUCCUUCCUCUGGCGCUUCGAGCCCGAGUGGGACAGUCACGCCACCUAGAGGGGGAGGAGGAGGUACCGAGAACGAAAGAGGUGGAGGGCGCGGCCGUGGACGAGGACGGGGUCGUGGCGGCGGCGGCGGUGGUGGAUACCGAGGGAACUCGAAUCGACAAGACGACCUACGACGACCUGGUAGCAGUCGAUCCGACGCCGUUCGCGCCGAGAGCGGUCGUGAGCUCUACGACCCCGGAUACGCACCCCGAGGCGGCUUCGGGAUGCAGAAGCGUGGGGGCGGCGACAGCCCAAACACGUACAACACGUACAACCCGCAUUCUGGACGUUCAACCCCGAGAGACGUCGAGGACCAGCCCAAGCAGGCCAUUCGAGCUCCACGCGGACCGGAUGGGACUGGAAGAGGUGGAUUCGGCUUCGCCAAGCGAGGCACAAAGGAAGGAUGA